AUGGCUAGUGCAGUAAUAAUGAUGAUUGGUGGUGCAGCGGUUAAUGCGUUAGCCUUUUCGGGUAGUAAUUAUUUGUUUUCUCAUAUGGGUAAAAAUAGUGAUAUAGAGAGAAAAAGACACGAAAAAGCGAUGGAAAAAUUACAAGAAGAAACAACUGCAUGGAAUGAAAAGAGAACAGAAAGAUUAGAUUUUAUUAAUGAACAAAUGAAAAAGGAACGUCAUGCUACGGAAGAAUUUGAUAAUGCUGAUACAGCAAUGAAAGAAUAUUAUUAUAUUACUGGAAAACAAUUACCGGCUUUACCUCCUAAACCCGAAUUAAGUGAUUUUUACACUCCGUCAGAAGACCAGAAAAAUAGAGAGAUUGCAUUUAUUGUUGGUGACCAAACAUGGGCAGUUGAUUUAGCAGAUAUGCAACAAUAUUCGAAACAAAAUAAACACUAUAAAUAUUUAUUAGCAGUUAUAGAUGUUUUUAGUAAAUACGGUUGGCUAAUUCCCUUAAAAAAUAAAACAGGAGUAACGGUAAGUGAAGCAUUUAAAACAUUAUUUGAAGAAAGAAAACCAAUGUAUAUUUGGUCAGAUAAAGGUUCUGAAUUUUAUAACCGGCAAGUAAAAGAAUUGUUAAAAGAGAAUAACAUAAAGUUAUAUUCAACUGAGAAUGAAGAAAAAUCUAGUGUAGUAGAACGCUGGAUAGGAACAAUGAAACAACGUAUGUUUAAAUAUUUUACUGCUCACGAAACUAAUAAAUAUUAUGAUGUAUUAGAUGAUUUAGUUAAAGAUUAUAACAAUACAGUUCAUUCUUCAAUUAAAAUGACACCUGUUGAAGCAAGUAAAAAAGAGAAUGAAUCAACAGUGUAUGAACAUUUAUAUCCGGAAAAAGAAGAAGAAAUUAAAAAACCUAAAUUCAAAGUUGGAGAUAGAGUAAGAAUUGCAAAAAUGAAAGAUAUGAGCGGUAACUCUAUAAUUAAUUUAGGAAAUCCAGAAAAACCAAGUGAUGCUGUUAGCAAAAGAUUUGUUUUUAGGAAAAUUAAAAGUGUAAUAGACGACUAUGAAUUGGAAGAUAUAAAAAACAUUAAAGACUUACUUCAAACCGAAAAGUCAGACAUUGAUCAACUUUCUGAAAGCAUUAAAAAUAAUGAAGAAGCAAUAAUCACACUGCACGGUCAACUCCAGAAAGAAAUGGCAAUCUUAUCAGAAUCACUUAGUAAAACAGAUGAUGAAAUAAAAGUUGCAUUAAGGCAAAACAUUCUUUUAAUCGCAAACCGAAUUGAUAAUAUAAAGAAUAGCAUGAUUAAACACAACGAACUUAAGAACAAACUUGCUGAAGUUGAGAAAAAGCUACAAAAUAUGUAUAAGUUAGAAAUAAAAGAAGAAAUAAAAACGUUAAAAGAUGACUCAACGGAAUUGUUUAAUACAUUUUCUGAAAAGUUUGAUGAAUUCAAAGCACAACUAGAACAAUCUGCUUCACAAAGAAGCGAUGUUCAAGAUGGAGAAAUUAAUAAUUUAAAAGUUAAAUUAAAUCAAAUGAAAGAUUUCCUUACUGAUAAUCUGCAGAAAGAAAUUACCAGACUUGAUGUGGAUGUUAAAAAUUCAGUUACGAUUCUGAAAAGUAAAAUAGAAGCUCUCGAAAAGGUGCAAAAUAAACGAGCUGAUGACUUAGGUAAAAUUAUACUUGAUACAACCUCGGACCUCUCAGUAGUAAACAAGGAGAUAUCUGAUAUUAUUAACAACAAAAUAUAUCAUGUUCCUUUAUUUCAUAUGUGGAAUGAUUCUAUUCAAGAAGUUAAAGUUUUACCUACUACUUACGAAAUCGGUAAAAAUAAUCGUUAUAUUCAAACUCAUAACCUAUUUGAGUUUUUUAAUUCUCAUUAUUCACCUGUUGUAAAUUAUAAUGAUUAUAUAGAAGAGGAACGUGAAUUGAAUAUAGGUGACUUUAGAAACGUGAGUGGUUUUACAACUAAAAAAGAUGGAACAUACUACAUUAAUAUAAAACUUAUAAUAAAGGGUAAAAGCGACUUUUUAUUGAUAUGGCAGGAAAAUUACAGAUCUGAAAACGAAGACAGGACUCAUGAAGUACUUUUAAAAAGAUCAACGGAUGCAGAUGUGUUUGAAGACGUUAUAAAACAACAGUUUUUAAAGAAUACAUCAAUUGCAAUUAUUCCAGUUCUGAUUACCGACCAAUUAUUUACUAUUGAAAAAGGUAGUUACAUUAGAUUUACUUAUUCUUGGGAAUGA